AUGCUUGCCGGUUCAAGUUUGAUUUCAGACCUGAACCGCAUCAACUCUUUGUUGAUAAACUGCACAAAUACUGUCCAAGAUAUUAACAGUGAAAGGUUUACGGUGAAACGUGAAAUGAAAGCUUUUCUGACAAGUCCUGACAAGUCUGAGGCGUUGAAUUCCUCAGGGCAAGAAGCUGAAUCGCAAAUUGAUACUUUUAUCAGUGUUGAUGAAAACAAAGAUAAGCAAAAGACAGUGGGCCUUCUGGAAACUGAGACGCCUAAAUCUUCAAGUUCAGUUGCACAUCCUUCACUGAAGAUCGACAACGAAGAUUUAGACGAGAUCCAAUGGUCCCAUAAACAAAAUUCUCGCAAGGAUGAUGAAAACAGCUGCUCAGAGAAAAACCCCGACGAAAAUGACACCAAGUUUAUGUGCUCUCUUAAGGACUCAGUGCAAACAAUCCCCUCGGACGAGGCUCCGGCAUAUGCACGGCAAACAACAGUAAGCGUUCCUAAGAGCAUUCUUAAGACCAGGCACAGCUCGCCUACUGCUACUCCUCCCGUUCGCAAAUUUGCUCAAUAUCUGCGCGAGAAAAAUAGCGUUGCGCAGAACGACGACCCCUCUUCAGUUGUGACGUACCGCAAGAAGGUCAAGUUUGACCUCAGUCCUCAGCAUGACCUAGGCGAUGAGGAUAAUAAAUUUACGGGGUCGCAGCACGACGUUUAUUUUGUGAGUGAAGAUGGCGUGCGAAAUAAAGGCUUGGCGUAUGCCGCGUCGCCAUACAGCGAUCACAAUCAGUUGUAUAAUCAUAUGCAAGACGACGGAGUAAUCAAUACAACAUCACAUCAAGAGUAUUCUGAUUAUUAUGAGAUUUCAUUACAAAAUGAUGAUGAUAUUCUGAAAGUAUCUAUGAACGAAAAUAGUUACUUUGAAGAUAAUACAGCUGAUCGCCAAGGCAUUGACCAAUCAAACAAGAACCAGGGUGCUGCCGUGAGCACGGCUCUGUGCGAGGUGCCCACUUCUCAGGUUUCCAGCACUACAGGGCUGCUGCAGAUCUCGCCCACGGGGGUGCGGCCAGACAGAGCGGUCGGACAGGAGGUCGCUGACAAAUGGUCUACGCUUGACAGCGGGGAUCGUCAAGCUCGACAUGAAGUCGUGCACCGACGCAACCUCGCCUUCGUCUGCACCACGAAUGAACAUUUCGACUCCACACAACAAACAGCGAUGCAACAGGAGAACACAAUGCAGUUUAGUGCCAUCAAUGCUGAGGGAUUUACUGAACAGGAAAAAAUAGAAGAUGAAGUUAUAUAUGCGGAUGAUGAAAAAUCCAGAUCUGUGCACGAUCAUGAGCAAGAUUCCGGCGAUGAUAUCUUCAGUGGGCCAGUGGAAGGGCAAGCUGAUAACAAUAGUAAGGAAACAAUGGAAACGUUCUGUGCAGAUAAAGGCUUAACAUCGCCUCCUCAUUUCCACGUACGGAGAACAAGUGCAUCCACCAUAGAGAAUAAAAGCCCUGAUAUGGAAACUCCAAUCCACUUCGCCAACAUCGUCGAAAUCGUGCACAGCGACGUCGUGAGGACGAGCUACGAACAAGACGAUGACUCAGAAGUGACUCGUCUCAUCGUGAGCGAGAGUAGCGAGACUCCCGCACCUGUACAGUCGUUAAUUGCAUCUGAAAUACGUGAGAAUGAUAACGACCAAGACCGCAUUGAGGAGCAAAAAAAUGAUGGGGCUCUAGAUGACUGUACCAGUGAUAUAAUAGAGUUUGAAAAACUCGAUAAAGUGAGUAAUCAUUCUGACGAUGAAGAAGAAUAUGAUGAUGACGAUGGCACAAUGAUCGUCCGUGACGAAGAUGAGAACGAGAAAUUUAAUUCUCAUCGCCCGUCUACUUCCUCGUCAAUUCAUAAAGCUGACUGCAACGAGGCUCCGACGAAGCCUACUCCUUUAUUUCCAGAAGGCAAUACGCAGCCCGUGAGCGAUUCAAACGAUCACAUUGACAACGAAGGAAUCAAGGGCCCUGCUGGUCGACUGGACGCCAAAGGAGUCGGAUUUAAUCCUCUACAAAGUCUCGACUUAUCUCGCCUGCAGAGCGAGCGAGGCGUGUACUCAAGGAUGUUCUUACGACAAUUCAAAGGAGGAAUUUACAAAAAGAAACAACUUUCUUCUCUUCCAGCGGAAGUGGAGGUAAAAGGAUCGGAUCAUACAUCCUCAUCUCCUUCUGAUGCCCAUCAAUCUUCUCGCUCUCUUAUUAAUGAGGCCAAAUCACUUCCAGCAUCCUGCACGUCACAAGUCAAAGAGCCUCAUGACAAGCUCUUAUCUCACCAUCAACCACCUCACACUUAUGCUCUUGCAUCUGAAUCAGAUUUAAAUAUUCAACCUAGCAAGGCUACACCUGCAGGCCACAAGCAACCUCAUCCAGAUACCAGCUCCGGUCAUCAAGAAUUGCUCCAGAAAAUGGAUCGCAUGUCAUCUGCUAUUGAUGAACUAAUUUCAACGUAUCCUCGAUACCCCAAAAACGGACUCUAA